AUGAUCACUGAUCUCCUCCGUAGGCUUCUCCAUUGUCUUCGGUAUCUGCAUAAACAGUGCGGCGUAACAGCCAAGCACAACGGUUGGUCCGACUGCAGAUUCGGCAAGGACGUUAAGUCAGCCAAAUGGGAGUGCAAAGAUCACUCAACCGACGAACCUAAUUGCCAAGCAAACGACAAGGCAACGUGCCAAGCAACUUGCCAAGCAAAAUCGCCGCUUCAGUCCUACUUAACCGAUUGCUUAUAUGGCCACUUGCCUCAUCAACUCACCAGUGUUGGAUGUAAAUCAACAUGCAAGUCGUGUCCUGGUAGCUCUCCCGGGAUGCCGUGUUUAACGCCACUUGGGUUCAGCGGCUUUUCAGGCUCAACUCGCAAGGGUACGGACCUAUGCGAGGUGCUCGAUGCAUUCUUCUCUAACGAUUAUCUGUCAUCGCUGUUCACGCUAGCUCCGCGACCGCCGGAAACGCUACCGGAGCACAUCGGAUUUGCUUUGUCACUAGCAGCGGCGCUUAAUGCUGGACAGCCGGUCAGGAAGCCCGCUCAAGAAUCGUUCAGCGAUGCAUUCGAGAAGUCCAUCAAGGGAGCCACCAUCAGCCUUUAUGAGAAUCCCUCAAAUUAUACUGCUGCCGUUAAAAAUGCCUAUAAAAACACACAAAGUCACGAAGGUCAUAGCCAUCCCCCAGCGACGGAGGCGGACGUAUACACGCUUAUGUUCCCAUCAACUUGUUUGCGUUCAAGCGACGACAGGCUGUACUGUGCUCCAUACCUGUAUACGUUAGGCAUGGAUACGCAUCAUUAUCUUGCCUACCAACAUACGAAUCUCUAUCUGUCAUGGACGAUGUAUCUGCCCUGGACAUUCUAUUCAUACCUUAGAAGUCUACUUGAGGCCUUCAAAAAUGUUUCCUGCCAGGAAUGGGAGUGCAGCAAAUGUAUGCAUCGCGGAAAAUGCAAGAAGGGCCAGCAUGGCGUCGACUACAACUGCCAGUGCAAAGGUAUAAUAGAGUGCCGUGGCGUAAGUAGCGCAUUCCACAAAUACGGUUUCACAUUCGGCGACCCUGCAAUUCUGUCUGAGGUGGAAGGGAAACGAUAUUGCCACAACUUCUACAACCAACUCGUUAACGUCUUAAAAUCGAAUUGCUUUGCUAAGUUAUUUGAUAAAUGCGACGAAUUCCUCUGGAUCAUCAGACAACCGUUCACAUACUUGGUUCUCGCACUCUGGUCACUAUCCCUCUUCUACCUCCUUUGCGUAAUGGUUGGCAGACUGGAUGUGCUCCACAUCAAAUCACACUUACGAUCACCGUCAUCGCACAGGAUAACGGCGCAAUCACUGUUGGCUGCAGCGCAAGUCGGAAGGCUUGCCAAGAUAUCGUAUCUACAACCGUAA